ACCAAGUCUGCCAAAUUUCCCAUUCCCUCCCCCUCCUCUCUCUCUCUCUCUCUCUCUCUCACUCCACUCCACUCUCUCUCCUCCCCUCCUUCCACACUCUCUCCGUACUAAUCUCUCCCUAGGGUUUCACAAUUUCUACAUCCACUCCCUACGAUGAACGACCACCGUCCGAUCAAGAGCCGCUCCACCAACCCCCGCCGCGACGCCGCCCCGUCGAACCACCGUCCCUACCACGACGACGAGUGGAAACCCCCCAACCACCAACCCCGCGACCGCCCUCCCGGCCCAACGCUAUCAUCCCAAAGGCCCGGGCCGCCCCUCUUCACCGUCGAGCUUCGCUGCCGCACCCGAAACUUCCCCAAAUCGGACCUCGACGACGUCGUUUCCCACCACGCCCCCAAGGUUCACAGCCUCAACGCCCCCUCCUCCGGCCCCCUAGCCCUCUCCCUCCACUUCCGCUACUGGACCGACGCGCUCGAAGCCACCGUCGAUCUCUGGGAAACCAAACUCCGCGGGGCCCACUCCUUCACCCCGCGCCUCUUGCCUAGUCGGUGCGACAUGAACCGGCUCACUGACCGGCUCAUGAUUCUCUUCACCGAGCACGUCGAGGGAUUACUCCACGGGGAUCUCGUUCAGAACUGGGAGAGAAAGCUAGGGUGUAAAUUGAACGAGAUCUCGCAUGUUAAGCGUUCUCUAGGAAAGCAUAACAGGAUCGUUGUCUACGAGGAGCUUAUGAGGAAGAAAUCGGAGAAGGAAUCGGAGAAGGGGCUGAUAGAGAAGAGGAUCAACGAGUUUAAGGCCGCGAUGGAGUGUGUUCUAGGUUUUCUUGAUGGGAGGUUGUCGGUUGAUGAUUUUAAGGUGCUUAGGUUGAGUUUGCCCUUCGAUUGGGACCGGCUUCAUUGCUUGAUCAAGAGGGAGUGCCGGCGGCUGGAGGACAGGCUGCCGAUUUAUGCCUUUCGCGGGGAGAUACUGAGAGAAAUCUACAACCAACAGGUAAUGGUAUUGAUCGGAGAGACUGGUUCAGGGAAGAGUACACAGUUGGUUCAGUUUCUUGCUGACUCAGUAGUAGCCGGUAACGGUUCCAUUAUAUGCACUCAGCCCCGCAAAAUUGCUGCUAUCUCAUUGGCUCAAAGAGUUCAAGAGGAAAGCUGUGGGUGCUACCAAGAUAAUUCGAUCGUAUCCUUUCCAUCCUAUAUACCUGCUCAGCAGUUCAAUUCCAAGGUAAUAUAUAUGACGGACCACUGCUUAUUGCAGCACUUCAUGAAAGAUAAGAAUUUAUCUGGAAUAUCGUGCAUCAUUGUUGAUGAGGCACACGAAAGAAGCUUAAACACUGAUCUCCUUUUAACCUUGUUAAAAAACUUACUUCGUCAUAGGCAUGAUUUGAGGCUUAUCAUAAUGUCUGCAACAGCUGAUGCAAACCAGCUUGCAGAGUACUUUUUUGGUUGUGGAACUUUUCAUGUGGAGGGGAGAAACUUUCCAGUUGAUAUCACAUAUGUCCCUUGUGCAUCUGAGCAUGCUUCAGAUUCUGCUAGUAUUGCUUCAUAUGCUUCUGAUGUUGUGAGGAUGGUUGCUGAGAUCCAUAGAACAGAAAAAGAUGGGACGAUUCUUGCUUUCUUAACUUCUCAGAUGGAAGUAGAAUGGGCUUGUGAAAAGUUCAAAUCUCAGAUGGAAGUAGAAUGGAAUUGUGAAAAGUUCAAAUUUCCCUCUGCAGUUGCGUUACCUUUUCAUGGAAAGCUUUCUUAUGAAGAUCAACAUCGUAUCUUUCUGGACUAUCCUGGUAAAAGAAAAGUUAUAUUUGCCACAAAUGUCGCUGAAACGUCAUUGACAAUAGAAGGGGUGAAGUAUGUGGUGGACUCUGGUAUGGUGAAAGAGAGUAGGUUUGAACCUGGCUCUGGUAUGAAUGUCCUCAAGGUUUGCUGGAUUAGUCAGAGCUCUGCAAAUCAACGAGCUGGUCGUGCUGGGAGAACUGAACCGGGAAGGUGUUAUAGACUUUAUUCCGAAAGUGAUUUUCAAUUGAUGCCACCUCAUCUGGAACCUGAGAUUCGUAGGGUUCAUCUUGGUGUGGCAGUUUUAAGGAUUCUUGCUUUGGGCACAACUGAUGUACAGAGUUUUGAUUUUAUUGAUGCUCCUAAUGCAAUAGCUAUUGACAUGGCUAUUAGAAAUCUUAUCCAGUUAGGAGCUGUUUUAUUGAAGAAUGAUGUUUUGAAAUUAACAACGGACGGGCUGAAAUUGGUUAGAUUGGGCAUUGAACCUCGGUUGGGAAAAUUAAUUGUUGAAUGCUUCGAGCACCGCUUGGGUAAAGAGGGUCUUGUUCUGGCUGCGGUUAUGGCAAAUGCCAGUAGCAUAUUUUGCAGAGUGGGUAAUGAGGAAGAUAAGGUUAAAUCUGAUCACAUUAAGGUGCAAUUUUGCCAUCCCAAUGGUGACCUUUUCACUUUGCUCUCUGUUUAUAAGGAAUGGGAGGGUGUGCCUCAAGAAAAGAAGAAUACGUGGUGCUGGGAGAAUAGCAUCAAUGCCAAAUCCAUGCGGAGAUGCCAAGACACUGUCUGUGAAUUGGAAACUUGUCUUCAGCAUGAGCUUAAUCUUAUUAUUCCAAGUUACUGGCGUUGGAAUCCACAGGUGUCUUCUGAGCAGGAUAAGUAUUUGAAAAAUGCUAUACUCUCUUCACUUUCAGAGAAUGUGGCUAUGUAUGCCGGUUAUGAUCAACUUGGAUAUGAGGUCGCAUUGACUGGAAAGCAUGUUCGGUUACAUCCUUCAUGUUCAUUGCUAAUCUUUGGUCAAAGGCCCAGUUGGGUGGUUUUUGGGGAUAUUCUCUCUAUAUCCAAUCAAUACUUGGUCACCGUAACUGCUGUUGAUUAUGAGUAUUUGCCUACCCUUUACCCUCCUCUCUUUGACGUCUCCAAGAUGGAGAGUCAGAAGCUGCAAGUGAGGGUUUUGACCGGUUUUGGGUGUAAAUUACUAAAAAACUUCUGCCGGAAGGUCAACAAUUAUGUUUCGCAUGUAAGAACAGUUUGUAUGGAUGAACGGAUUGGUAUCGAAGCUAGUUUUGACCGGAAUGAGAUCCAAUUAUUUGCCUCUUCACGUGACAUGGACACGGUUAGUAGCCUUUUAAAUGAGGUUUUGGAUUAUGAAAGAAAAUGGUUACAGAAUGAGUGCAUGGAGAAAUACUUGUAUCACGGCGGACCUGGUCUAUCACCUCCUGUAGCUUUGUUUGGAGCUGGUGCGGAGAUAAGGCAUCUGGAGCUUGAAAAGAGAUGUUUGACUGUUGAUGUGUUUCAUUCAGAUGUGAAUACUGUAGAUGAUAAGGAGCUUUUGUCGUUUUUGGAAAGAAAUGCCUUGAGUAGUAUUUGUGCUGUCCAGAAAUUCUCCGGUAUUGGAAAGGAUGGUGAUGAGAAGGAAAAAUGGGGGAGGGUAACGUUUAUUACACCGGAAGCUGCUACAAAAGCUUCUGAGUUCAGUCCAAUUGAAUUUAACGGAUCCUUGGUAAGGAUAAUUCCUUCACGGAGCAACUUUGGGGGGGAUCAUAAAAUGUUUUCGUCUGCAGCUGUUAGAGCAAAGGUUUCUUGGCCACGUAAGUUAAGCAAGGGGCUUGGAUUUGUAAGAUGUAACAGAUAUGAUGUUGCUCGCGUGGUUGAUGAUCUUUCUAACUUGUUAGUUGGAGAAAAGUUUGUCAGCUGUGAACCUGGCGCAAAGUUCCCAGACAGUGUUAUGAUUACUGGACUCGAUAGAGGACUCUCUGAAGCUGAAAUUUCGGAUGUACUAAGGUCUGCGACGGAUAGGAGAAUCUUGGGCUUUUCCUUGUUAAGAGGAGAAGCUGUGGAAAAUCCCCCAUGUAGUGCUUGUGAAGAAGCUCUUCUGAGAGAGCUCUCUCCCUUCAUGCCUAAAAGGAACCCCCAUGGUAAUGGUGUACGAGUCCAGGUAUUCCAACCAGAACCUAAGGUUCCUUUCAUGACAGCCGAGAUCAUGUUUGACGGAAGUCUACAUUUGGAGGCAGCAAAAGCUUUGGAGCAAAUUGAAGGGAAAGUAUUGCCUGGAUGUUUUCCAUGGCAGAAGAUCAAGUGCCAGCAGUUGUUUCACAGCUCUGUAUCAUGCCCUGCACCUGCCUAUUUGGUUAUCAAGGAUCAACUGGAUUUUCUCCUUGCCAGUUUCAAGCGACGAAAGGGUGCCGAAUGCUAUCUCCACAAGAACGAGAAUGGGUCCUAUCGUGUAAAAAUUUUCGCCAAUGCUACAAAAACAGUGGCAGAGUUAAGAAGACCUCUGGAGCAGCUCAUGGGAGGAAAAACCAUAGAGCAACCAAGCCUCACUCCUCCAAUCCUUCAUCAAUUAUUCUCAAGAGACGGCAUAAUUCUUAUGAAAUCAAUUCAGCGCGAAACUGGAACAUACAUUCUCUUUGGCCGACACGCCCUUACCGUGAGGAUCUUUGGUUCUUUGAAAAAUGUUGAUUUGGCGGAGCAUAGAUUAGUUAAGUCUCUUGUAAACUUACAUGAAAGCAAGCAACUCGAAAUCCAUCUCCGCGGUGGGGCCAUGCCUCCUGACCUAAUGAAGGAGGUGGUUAAGAAGUUUGGUCCAGACCUUCAUGGUCUCAAAGAAAAGUUUCCCGACGCGGAAUUCAGUCUCAACUCCCACCGUCAUGUUAUUGCGAUUAGUGGUGGCAAAGAAGUAAAGCAAAAGGUGGAAGAUGCAGUUAAUGAAAUUGCCCAGAUGUGUAGUGCUGUCCCUUUUCCUUCUGCUCAGGGGGUUCAGAAUGGUAGUGGCGAUGGGUGUCCAAUUUGCUUGUGUGAAGUGGAGGAGGGUUACCGCCUCGAAAGCUGUGGUCACUUGUUCUGCUGCCAAUGCCUGGUGGAGCAGUGCGAGUCUGCCAUCAAAAGCCAGGACAGCUUCCCUAUCCGGUGCGCCCGUGAGGGUUGUGGGGCUCAUGUCUUGCUCACCGACUUGCGUUAUCUAUUAUCGAGCGAGAAGUUGGAGGAACUCUUCCGGGCUUCUCUGGGGGCAUAUGUGGCGUUGAGUGAGGGGAAUCUUCGGUUUUGCCCCUCGCCUGACUGUCCAUCUGUUUAUCAGGUUGCGGGGCCUGGUGCAGAAGGAAAGCCGUUUGUAUGCGGGGCGUGUUAUGUGGAGACGUGUACGCGGUGUCACAUGGAGUACCACCCGUUUGUGUCAUGCGAGAAGUACAGGGAGUUCAAGGAGGAUCCGGAUUCGUCGCUCAAGGAGUGGUGCAAGGGGAAAGAAGAGCAUGUGAAGCAGUGCCCUGUGUGUGGGUACACGAUUGAAAAGAUUGAAGGGUGCAACCACAUUGAGUGUAGGUGCGGGAAGCAUAUUUGCUGGGUUUGUUUGGAAUUCUUCGGUACAAGUGACGAUUGCUACGUGCAUUUGAGGUCUAUACACCAGGCCAUAAUCUAAACCUCCGGAACCAGACUUGUGUCGAGAAAUAUGUGUUAAUAUUCCAACUUUAACCUACAUAGAUGGUAUAUAUAUGUUUCCAAGAAUCCUAAGCGUGUGAUAGACUAUGCACAUGCAACCUGUAAAAGCUUGGUAGAGGUAGUUUCUGUACAUAUGGGUAGGGUGCAGUUGGAUAAUCUGUUUUAGCAGGCUUACUUCGAUGUGGGAGUGCCAGUGGAUAAUUUUACCAGUAAUUUAGGGUUCAUAUGCUGUGAAAUCCAUUUGUUAUUGAACCUCUCAGCAACUGACUUGCGUGUAGAAAUGCGUUUAUAUGCCAUCUUAGUUGGUGUGUUAUUUUAGCUUUAAGCUACGGUUUAUUUGCCA